AUGAAUUUGAAAGAGUUGUUAACUUUUUUAAAUAUAUGUUUUUUUGAAGUAUAUGGGCGUCGUAGACGUUUUUUGUUUGUUGAUUCUUCUGGUAUUAGUGUUAAGGCUGCGUGGUUUAGCUAUGUUGUCAAAUACAGUAUGAUGCAAAGCGGGGACAGUUGUAAUCAGCUUUUUGGUGCCUUGCUGCUUUCUCGGGCUUCAGGUUUAAAUGAAGUUUAUUUUUAUGAAGAAUCGUCGCGUUUGCUGGUUGGUUUUUUAGUAUGUAGGCUUUUCGGUGCAGUAGAUGGUGUUGUAGGCGGCGUCAGUUGUUGUUACCGGAAACGUAUGUAUUUGCAUCAAGCUGUAAAGUUGCUGAAGGAGUGGGCCAACGAAGCUUAUUUCGGCUUCUUGUGGUCCGAAAGGUGUAAGUCAACAUUUAGUCAUUGCUGCUUGCAUGGAGUGGAGUCGAUUUUGCUCAGCUGCGGUGUUUUGGCAAAAGGUGAUUGUGCCUUUCUUGCGCAACUUAUUUCUAAUGUUGUGAUCCAAAAAAAGAAUAUAUACUUUUUAACGAGUGAUGCCCACAUGCUAGAAGUUAGUCAGUGUUUAUUGUCAUCUGUGGAAACACAGUUGAGUGAGGUUUAUGUGGAAGAUGGGGUAUUUAUAUCUGUUAACUUGCCCAUAGAAUCACGAAUGCUGUUGGAGGGUGACUGUAGAGAAGGUGGUAUACUGCUGUUUUCGUGCUCACUUGAGAUGAGAGGUGCUGUGUUGGAGGACUUUCUAACGUUGGUGGGCAGUAUAGGGGUUAGUUUCUUGGGAUCCCAGCGCCUGAUGUGUUGUGAGCUGAAGGAACUGCUUUUUGACAUGGGAAUAGUCUCUCUUGAGCGGUUGUCGUUGUGUGUCUGUGACGCUAUCCAGCAUGCAACGGGAGCAACACCAUUUCAUACCGAGCACGAGUUUUGUGCGUGGGCAGAAUACGCUGGAUCAGCGAAGCGGGGUUUCUUUAAGGUCGGAAUGGUGCGCAGAGCAACGCUGUCAAGAGAGGGAGGGCUUUGGAUAUAUGGAAAAAACAGUGUGGCGACAAUAGUAAUUCCCGUUGGUGAUCCCAUCACCAAGUUGGCUCUACUAGAAGUGUGUGAAAAGGCAGCUCAAUACGCCUACGAGGUGUAUUCUGGUUCGAUGUAUACCAACGGCGGGGUCGUUGGCAUAUGUUGUCUGUUUUUAGCUGAGUAUAUUUGCCGUCGGUUACCCCGUCACGGUAGUCAGAAUGCGUACCUUCGGCACUUUGCUGGCGCCAUACACGCCGUGCUGGUUUCACAUGCUAUUUGUCUUAACCCCUCUUUGGUGGAGCCUCCGGCAACGUAUGUCCAGGAGGUAGAGAAAAUUGCUGAGGAUCACGCUAAGCUGAUGAGUUCGAUGUCAUAUGCAAAUAGUGUUGUUGGGCAGUACAGAAGCGGUAGGUCUUAUGUAUCAAGUGGUCACAUGGUGGAUUGCGAAGAGUUUCGGCGGUCUGUGAGGGCUGUUGAGUUAGCCCUAGAUUGUGUUUCGCUCAUUUCUAAGUUAAAAUUGUAG